AUGGGAUUCCUCUACUCUCAACUUUUCGUCAGACCAGCUUAUCCGAAAAAGUCUUUCGCGGGGGAGACCGUCAUUGUGACGGGAAGCAACACCGGCCUCGGAAAGGAAGCAGCCCGACAUAUCGCUCGACUGGGCGCCUCGAAGCUGAUCCUCGCCGUGCGAAACACCAAGGCGGGCGAGGCGGCAAAGCAGGAUAUCGAACAGACCACGAAAUGCAGCCCCGACGUGAUUGAGGUCUGGGAACUCGACCUCGCCUCAUACGCCUCCGUGAAAGCUUUCGCCAGCCGCGCGUCGAAACUCCCUCGUCUCGACGUACUGCUUGAGAACGCCGGCAUCGCCAGCCAGAAAUACAGCGGGGCCGAGGGACACGAACGCACCAUCACCGUCAACGUCAUCAGCACGUUUCUCCUGGCUUUGCUCUUGCUGCCGAAACUCAAGUCCACCGCCAAAGAAUUCAAAGUAAAUCCGCGUCUCGUCAUCGUGUCCAGCGAAGUGCACGCCUGGUCCAAAUUCGCGGAACGGAACGCGCCCCGGAUCUUUGAGGCACUGGACGACGAGAAGCAGGCCAACAUGGGCGACCGCUACCAAACCAGCAAACUGCUGGAGGUGCUCACCGUUCGCCAGAUCGCGCCCAAGCUCGCCGGGUCGGGGGUCAUCUUGAACAUUCUCAAUCCGGGACUGUGCCACUCGGAGCUCAGCCGCGAAGGGUCGUGGGUGUUAGAGGUCAUGAAAUUCUUCUUGGCCCGCUCGACCGAGGUGGGAAGUCGGACCUUGGUGGCGGGCGCCGAGGCCGGCAUGGAGUCGCAUGGCAAGUACAUGACGGAUGGCAAGGUCGACGACGGCGCGCUGUCAUCGUUCGUGAGGAGCAAGGACGGCGAAGCGACCGGCAAGAAGGUGUGGAGUGAGCUGAGCGGGAUUCUGGAAAAGAUUCAUCCGGGAAUCACACAAAACGUCUGA